UUUUACGAUGGAACAUUCAUUUGGAAGAUCCCUGAAGUCACUAGGAGAAGACAAGAAGCUAGAACGGAAAAAACUGCUUCUCUGGAUGGUCACUUUUUACAAACACUUCAAGUAACAUUGCCCUCCAAACUAAGGCGAGCUAUGGAAGAUGAACUGCUUAAACUUAAAGUCGAUUUGAGACAUUUGGUCGAAGACUUGAGACCAUUGGCUGCACAAUGGAGGUCAUUAGGAGUGCAUCUUGGAGUACCCUCUGAAGAGCUCGACUGCAUUGAGAGCCGAGUGGCCACUCCUGAGAACUGUUUCACUCGAAUACUUGAGCGAUUCCUCUCCACCCACGCACACACUGACUCUUAUGACAGUAGACGGUGUACGGAGAUCAUCAUUGAGGCUCUGAGAUUUAUAGCAAAGGGCAACCUCUCUAGAGAAAUUGAGAGUGGAAAAAUCAAUCUUGUGUACACAGUACGUGGCCUUUUCCAAAUUUUAGGCUGUUGCAGAGCUCAAUGGCAACAGUUUGCACUAGCACUGGACAUAAGCUCUGAUUUUAUUGACAGUCUAAAAAUUGAGCAAUGUAACGUGCGUCAGUACUUUUCAGACAUGCUGAAGUAUUGGCUGGAAAAUGGUGAGUGUUGUGUGGCUGAUUUGGUGGACGCUAUAAGGCAUCUGGAUCAUAGGAACCUUGCUAACAAGAUACAAGAAGAGUACCGUGGGAAAUGUCUGGUAGUAAACGCACAAGAUACAAGAACAUAUCUUUGAAGAUACAUGCAAGAUAAUUGAAGUCACCAUGCAGAUCACCAAAAGACUAUGUCUAUAAUUAUAUGCAAUAAUUAUAUAAUUAUAACAUCAUUAUCAUUUAUGUAUUUGAAUUUUGCAAUGUGCAGUGCCUUUAUUUUUUAUGAAUCAUGCAAAACUUAUUAAUACAAAAACUGAAUGUUCAGAU